AUGGGAGGAGUGACAUCAUCCAUGGCUGCCAAGUUGGCGUUCUUCCCUCCCAACCCAGCGUCGUACAAAGUGGUGAAGGACGAGGUAACGGGUCUUCUGCUGCUGAGUCCCUUCCCUCACCGCGAGAACGUUGAAAUCCUUAAGCUUCCCACGCGCCGUGGAACUCAGAUACUCACCAUGUACGUUCGCCACCCCAUGGCCUCUUCCACUCUUCUCUACUCUCACGGCAACGCCACUGAUCUUGGCCAGAUGUACGACCUCUUCAUCCACCUCACCAUCCACCUACAAGUUAAUCUCAUUGGGUAUGACUACUCUGGGUAUGGCCAAUCAUCAGGGAAGCCAAGUGAGCAGAAUACAUAUGCAGAUAUUGAGGCUGUGUAUAAGUGUCUGGAAGAAACCUAUGGUACCAAGCAAGAGGAUAUAAUCUUGUAUGGCCAAUCUGUUGGUAGUGGCCCUACUUUGGAUCUUGCAGCUAAAUUGCCACAAUUGAGAGCUGUUGUUUUGCACAGUCCUAUACUUUCAGGAUUAAGGGUCAUGUAUCCAGUGAAACGCAGUUACUGGUUUGACAUAUACAAGAAUAUCGACAAAAUUCCACUAGUUAAUUGUCCUGUUCUUAUAAUUCAUGGAACUUCAGAUGAAGUGGUAGAUUGCUCCCACGGCAAACAACUGUGGGAACUGUGUAAAGAGAAGUAUGAGCCACUUUGGUUGAUAGGAGGUAACCACUGUGAUUUAGAGCAAUUUCCUGAGUAUAUCAGGCAUCUGAAGAAGUUCAUAACCACUGUUGAGAAGUCUCCAUCACAAAGAUACAGCUUCAGAAAAAGCAUGGAGCAGUUUGAGCAGCCACGAAAGAGCACCGAUGUAUUUGAAGUCAGUAGAAAGAGCACUGAUCGCAGGGAAAAACCGCGGCUGAGCAGUGACAGGCCUGAAAAACUGAAGAACUUGGCCAAUAAUGAUAAGUUAGAGAGACUGAGAGUAACUUUUGAUCAUAUAGAAAGGUCAAGAAGAAGUGUGGAUUGUCUUGAGAAGUCUAGAAAAAGCUUUGAUCAUCAACUUGAAAAGGCAAGGAAGAGUGUGGACAGGCUGGAAAGAAUAAGGACCUGA